AUGGAUUUGAUGACUGUCUGAUUGCUCGGUGAUGCCCAUUUACAUCAUCGACCGAAAAUUUCCAGAGACACCUGGUGAAUUGAUACAGGCUGCAACUGAAGGACAGACUAUGGCAGACAGCAACACUCCAAAGUCUGCCAAGAAGCUGCGAUGGACAUCUCUGGAGAUUGGACUAAUUACCAUAGUGUCUCUCCUUUUUAUCGUACUGGUGACUCUGAUUGUACUAUUCGCAACACAACGUGACAGGGGCAUUUGCACAACCGCAGACUGCACAAAGUCAGCAUCCCGCAUCAUCGAGAAUAUGGACCCCAGCAUUGAUCCGUGUGAUAAUUUCUACCAGUAUGCAUGCGGUGGCUGGCUGAAGAAGCACAUAAUCCCAGAGACCAGCUCCCGCUAUAGUACCUUCGACAUCCUGAGGGACGAGCUGGAAGUGGUGCUGAAAGAUGUGCUUGAGAGGCCAGACCCAGGCCACAGCAGCGCUCUGACCAAAGCCAAGACGCUCUACAAGUCUUGCAUAAAUGAAACUGUAAUUGAAAAAAGAGGUGGAACUCCUUUACUUCAGAUGCUGCCCGAUAUCUUUGAGUGGCCAGUGGCUGUGGAUGACUGGGAGGGGUCUGUUCAUGGCCAGUCUUGGACAGCAGAGGACUCCAUAGCAAAGAUGAAUGCGAAAUACAGAAACCAAGUCCUUGUUAGUUUUUUUAUUGGAACCGAUGACAAGGACUCCAAUUCCCACAUCAUUCAUUUUGACCAGCCUGGAUUAGGCCUCUCCUCACGGGAUUACUACACAUGCACAGGCCCCUAUGCAGAGGCAUGUCGUGCGUAUGAACAGUUCAUGGUUGAUGUGGCCAAGCUGAUCCGCACGGACCGGGACCUGAGCGUCAAUGAGACCCAGAUCAUCCAGGAGAUGGGGAGGGUGAUGGAGCUGGAAAAGGAGAUUGCGAACGCCACAGACAUACCUGAUGACAGAAACAACCCUGUUCUUCUGUACAACAAAAUGGCACUAAAUGUUUUAAAUGAAAACUACACCCUGCUGAUUGACUCAAAAGAAUUUAACUGGACCCGGUUCACUAACAACAUCAUGGAAACAGUUAACAUCACAGUGACUGAUGAAGAACAAGUGAUUGUGUAUGCACCAAACUAUUUCUUGAGGCUAAAUCCCGUCUUGGCAAAAUACAGCUCCAGAGAUUUACAGAACUACAUGGUCUGGAGAUAUGUGAUGAAUCUGGUGGUUGGUCUCAGCAGAGCAUACAAAGACACAAGAAGAGCCUUCCGCAAGGCCAUUUAUGGGACCACCUCAGAAGCCGCCGUGUGGCGCCAGUGCGCCAACUAUGUCAACAGCAACCUAGACAAUGCUGUGGGCAGGCUGUACGUAGAAGAGGCCUUUGCUGGGGAGAGCAAGGAAAUGAUGGAUGAAAUGAUUGCUGAGAUACGGGAAGUUUUUAUAAAAAAUCUGGAUGACCUCCACUGGAUGGAUGCAGAGACCAAGAAAGCUGCAGAAGAAAAGGCACGAGCAAUUCGUGAGAGAAUCGGUUACUCAGAGAACAUCAUGGACAAUACCUACCUGGACAAAGAAUACAAGGAUUUGAGCUACGAUGAGGAGAAGUACUUUGAGAACAUCCUAAAAAAUCUUGAAUUUGAACAGAAGAAACGUUUGAGGAAACUCAGACAAAAAGUGAACAAAGAGGAGUGGAUCACAGGAGCAGCUAUCGUGAAUGCCUUCUAUUCCUCCAGCAGAAACCAGAUAGUGUUUCCCGCUGGCAUCCUGCAGCCUCCAUUUUUUGGCAAGGGUCAAUCCAAGUCUCUCAACUAUGGUGGCAUUGGAAUGGUCAUAGGCCAUGAAAUAACUCAUGGUUUUGAUGACAAUGGGAGAAAUUUUGACAAGGAUGGAGAUCUGAAAGACUGGUGGACAGCUGGGUCUACUCAGAGAUUCCAAGAGCUCUCAAAGUGCAUGGUCUACCAGUAUGGCAACUUCUCCUGGGACCUGGCUGGUGGUCAAAAUCUCAGUGGAAAUAACACUUUAGGAGAGAACAUCGCUGACAAUGGGGGGAUACGCCAGUCAUAUCAAGCCUACCAGAAGUAUGUGAGUAAACAUGGUGAGGAAGCUCCUCUACCUGGAAUUAACCUCAACCACCCGCAGCUCUUCUUCCUGAACUUUGCCCAGGUUUGGUGUGGAACUCACAGACCUGAGCAUGCUGUGAACUCUAUCAAAACGGACGUCCACAGCCCAGGAAAGUUCAGGGUUUUGGGGUCCUUGCAGAAUUUCCCAGAGUUUGCCAAAGCAUUCAACUGUCGGAUGGACUCCUACAUGGUGCCUGAGAAGACAUGUAGAGUUUGGUGAUGAACCAUCAAAGACAGAGAAUAGAGGAGGGGCAUCCCUCUCU